AUGUAUCGCAAUCAUGCUGAUGUGUUAGUUGCACCAGAAUUUUUGGAUCCAUUCUUGGCCUUGCUGAGGAUGCGUGGUAUCAGUGACAUACAGAUCAUUGCAAAUGAUAUACAGAAAGAAAUAGAUCGAGAAAGGAGAAACUUAGCCUACGCAAUGAAACAUCGUUCGCGACGUUCUGUGGGUGACAAUUCAUUAGCUGACUUCAAUCUUAUUGCUUAUCAUCGUUACGAUGAGAUUGUGGAAUACUUGAAAAUGCUUUCAAGGCUGCAUCCAAACUUAGCUGAAAUAUUUAACAUUACGAGAACGUAUGAAGGUCGCGAUUUAAUUGGCAUUAAAAUCGGAUCACAUGCUUCAUUCAAAUCCGCCAUAUUCAUUGAUGCUGGUAUUCAUGCCAGAGAAUGGAUUGCACCUGCAGUAGCCCUUUAUAUCAUUAGCAAGCUUGUUACCGAAUAUACAAAAGACUCCGAUCUCACGCAUAUGGUAGAUAAAUUCGAUUGGUACAUUGUCCCGGUAGCUAAUCCGGAUGGAUACGAAUAUAGCAUGACCACUGAUCGAUUGUGGAGAAAAACACGAUCAAGGAAUGCGACAAUCAACAAAUGGUGCGUUGGCGCUGAUGCGAACAGAAAUUGGGGCUAUCGAUGGGGAGAAGCGGGAGCAAAUCGUAGUCCAUGUUCAAAUAUCUAUCCCGGUUCAGCAGCAUUUAGUGAGGUAGAAACAGCAGGUAUUCGUGAUUUUAUCACCCGUCAGAUUCUUGAUCUUAAGGUUUAUGUUAGUUUGCAUAGCUAUGGACAAUUAUUUCUCGCGCCAUGGGGUUAUACCAAUGAUAAACCGAACAAUUACUAUGACCAGAAGCAAGCAGCAAGUCUAGCAGUUGAGGCCAUUCGAAAGAAAACUGGUGCAAAGUAUAAUUAUGGGACUAUCUCCGAAUUAAUGUAUCCAGCAUCGGGAACAAGUAUUGAUUAUAUGCAGGAUAAAGGUGUGCCCUAUAUUUACGGUAUCGAGCUGAGGCCUGAAGAUUCCGAUAACAACUUUGGUUUCACCAUUCCAGCACGAUUUAUUGAACCCACCGGUAAGUUUUGA